AGGCUCAAUAUGCAUCAGUUAAGCAGAGGAAUCUGGAUCUAAAAUGCCGACGUUCAUCUUCGAUAGUUGGAUCGUCGCUCUCCUUGUCCUCCAGUUUUGAUUCUAAUUUCCUCUGUCUUUGUAAUCUUCAAAAUCCAAAACCACAACUUCAGAACCGGGUCGGGUUGCGUUAUGUUGUCGGGUUUAGGUCUCAUUUUGUCACUAAACUGCAAACGACGCCGUUCCUUUAGAGAAGAAGAAGAAGAUAGGAGCGAGCGAGCGAGCGAGCGAUUAGAAGAAGAAAUGAUGGAGGAAGGACCACCAGCUCCAAAGAUGCUUCGAAUGGUCUACUUCGUCGGCGCCGGAUUUCUAUGUACAUUCGCGAUCAAUAAGUGGCGUGAGAUGGAGAGAAACUCGCUUCUGAAACAGGAGCAGGAGAAGAAUCAACAAGGAGAUGUUGGUUUAUUGCCUAGAGAUUCGGUUCAGAAAGCUAUGAAAUGAUGAUCACUCUCUUCUUCAUCUUUUCUUGUAAUUUUGUUUUGAUCUUGUGAUUUUAGUAUCGUUGACCUAAAGUUUGCAUCUUUUUUUAAUGAACCCUAGAAAUCUGAUACUCGUACUCAUUGGUUUCUGGCUUUGUGCUUAAUUUAAAGAUUGCUGCUUUCUGAACUCAAUUUGAUCAAAGGGUUUCAAUAAGUCACUGCUUAAA